CCCACAGGCAGACUAGUGUUUCCAGGAGCUCAGACCCCAGCCGCUCUCACCCUUUCCGUCUUCCUCGACCUCUGCUCUCCCCCUGCCAUCGUUACACCCCCUCGUCAAGCGCCCAGUCACUCUUUGCCUUUGAACGACAGGCGCAUCCUCUCUUGAUUGCCUCUCCCCGACCCCCGCCCCAAGCUACUGAAAAAGGAAACAUGCGCACUUCAGAGCUAGGAGCUGUCCGAGUGCUGAAAUUUAUAGGCUGGGAAACUAGAUUCCUGCCAGAUUUUGAAUCCGGACAAUAAAUAGAUACUUUGUCUAGCUUCUUUUUGGAAUCAUUUCGGGAUAUUUUCCACAAGCAUCACAGAAACAGGAAUGAACCGGCAGCUAGUGAACAUUUUGACAGUCUUGUUUGCAUUUUUCUUAGAGACAAACCACUUCAGGGCAGCUUUCUGCAAAGACCAUGACACCAGGUCUGGGAAACAGCCUUCACAGACCCUAUCUCCUUCAGAUUUCUUGGACAAAUUAAUGGGAAGGACAUCAGGAUAUGAUGCAAGAAUCAGACCAAAUUUUAAAGGUCCUCCAGUAAACGUUACUUGCAAUAUUUUUAUCAACAGUUUUGGAUCAGUCACAGAGACUACCAUGGAUUACCGAGUGAAUAUUUUUCUGAGACAACAGUGGAAUGAUUCACGGCUGGCCUACAGUGAGUAUCCAGAUGAUUCCCUGGACUUGGACCCAUCUAUGCUAGACUCCAUUUGGAAACCAGAUUUGUUCUUUGCCAAUGAGAAGGGUGCCAACUUCCAUGACGUCACCACUGACAAUAAGUUGCUGCGAAUUUCAAAAAAUGGCAAAGUGCUCUACAGUAUCAGACUCACCUUGACCUUAUCCUGUCCCAUGGACUUGAAGAACUUUCCCAUGGAUGUUCAGACCUGUACAAUGCAGCUGGAGAGUUUUGGGUACACAAUGAAUGAUCUAAUUUUUGAAUGGUUAAGUGAUGGUCCAGUGCAAGUGGCUGAAGGAUUGACCUUGCCUCAAUUUAUUUUGAAAGAAGAGAAGGAACUUGGCUACUGCACAAAGCACUACAAUACUGGAAAGUUUACCUGCAUUGAAGUCAAGUUUCACUUGGAACGUCAAAUGGGAUAUUAUUUGAUCCAGAUGUACAUUCCCAGCCUGUUGAUAGUCAUUUUGUCCUGGGUCUCCUUUUGGAUAAACAUGGAUGCAGCCCCUGCUAGGGUUGCACUGGGUAUCACCACAGUCUUAACGAUGACCACCCAGAGUUCAGGUUCCAGGGCAUCUCUGCCAAAGGUCUCCUAUGUAAAAGCGAUUGACAUCUGGAUGGCGGUGUGCCUUCUGUUUGUGUUUGCAGCCUUACUGGAAUAUGCAGCAGUGAACUUUGUCUCCAGGCAACACAAAGAGUUCCUGCGUCUCCGAAGAAGACAGAAGAGGCAGAAUAAGGAAGAAGAUGUGACUCGUGAAAGCCGUUUUAAUUUCAGUGGUUAUGGGAUGGGUCACUGCCUCCAAGUGAAAGAUGGAACAGCUGUCAAGGCCACACCUGCCAACCCACUUCCACAACCACCCAAAGAUGCAGAUGCUAUCAAGAAGAAGUUUGUGGACCGGGCAAAAAGGAUUGACACAAUAUCUCGAGCUGCCUUCCCACUGGCCUUCCUCAUAUUCAACAUCUUUUACUGGAUCACAUACAAGAUCAUUCGGCAUGAAGAUGUCCACAAGAAAUAGAUGUGCCCUACAGAUGCUGGGACCUUCUCGCCUAAAGUGUUGUGCUUGUAAAUACACAGUGAAAUUGUCUUUAUAUCACUUUGACAGAGGAAAAGACUGAGGGAGGGGGGAGGGCAAACCUGAGGGGGGUGGGCUUCCUGGUACCUACAUGAAAAAGUUAUGUGGGCAAUGAAGAAAACUGUUUGCACAAAAGUAAGAUGUUGCAGAAUCACAUGAGCAUAAUUCCCAUCUAUAGUCUGUAGCAUUGUUCUUUAAGAUGACACAUCAAUCAGACAUGACAUGCAGGGUCAAGUUCUCAAGGGCUGACUACCUUUUGGUUUGGUUUGGUUUGGUUUGGUUUGGUUUGAACUAAUUCUGGUACUGAAAAGUAAGCUUAAAACACACAGCUACACACACACACACACACACACACACACACACACACACACACCCUGAAAAUGCUUACCAUCUGACCAUAGUGACUAGUCUAUAGUGAGUUGAGGACCAAACCUUUUCUGGAAAAUGCUGCCUCAUUUUUAAAAUAAGCCUCCUAAGCUAUGUUCUUUACAAUGUCUGUAAUAAGUGUUUCACCCAACGAAUUCUUUCGUGGGUCGUAAAGUAUUUCUACUUAUCCAAAAACAAUGACAAAAAACAAUGACAAGGAACAGAUUUCUACUGUACUAUCUAUGUAGGUGUGCACUUUAAUAUUAUUUUUUUCCUAGAUGUAAUUUUGGGGUUGAAAUUGUGUAUUGUGUAAUUAUUUAAUAAGAUGCCCUCGUAAAACAGAUGCUCAUUUUAUUUUAGAUCCAAGUCAGUGUACUCUCUCUCACUCUUAAUGUCUUUCUCUCUCCCUCUCUCUAUAAAUAUAUAUAUAUAUAUAUAUAUAUAUAUAUAUAUAUAUAAAAUUUUUUGCUAUGUUUAUGCGUGACUUGAAGUGCCCAAGUGUGAUUUAACCAUUUUAGCCAUUGGGCAGCAGUACUUACGGAGAUGGUGUGUCCUGAAUGGCGUAGCUCAGAUUAGCUUGAACUUCCCAUUUCUGCUCUCAUUGUAGAUGUAACUUCUAGUCCUAAUGUUGACUGACUCAUAAUUUCUACUGUCAAUCUAAGCGAAUAUCAUUUUAAAUAUCCUUGAUUAACUUAAGAAAUUUUAAAAUUGUACUGUGAUUUUCAUAACCCGUUGCCUUUUUGGUACCAGAGCUACGUGGUUUAAAUUCUGGCUACAUGUUUUAAGUAAGAAAAAAAAGACGUAUUUUUGCUUACUCAGAUAAAACACAAUCUGUAAAAAUAUAAGGAUAUAAUUAAAUUUUACAUGUGCUGUAAAAGGGGUUAUUUUAAAAAGCAUUUGUUCAAUUUCAAUAAAGCUAAGUGUGCCACAAA